UUCUUUCUUCUCUGUGUUAAACAUGAAGCUGGGCCUGAGAAAGAGCAGCCCAUCCUAAUCCUGAAGUCCUUAACAAAAACACACUUCUCUGUAGAAGAGAAGCAACCCCACUUUAUCUAUGCAACUCCAACGUGGCACAAACCCAUUGAUCAAUAACCCAUCCACGCAAUCUUUCUCUUCCACAAAUUCUUCAUCUCCCAACCAUCAUCAUAUCUCCCAUUUUUCACUUUAAUUUUCCUUUUAUUUGUGUUUUUUUUUUAUUAUCAUAUAUCUGACCUGUUCUCAUCAUUCUACACUAACAAGAAUAGAAAAUGGCAGCAACAUUUGCCACCUCAUCAACUGUUACUGGGCUGGGCAGCAGCUCGCUAUCAUCCAAGACAGUCUCCCUUAGCUCAGGGUUUGUGAAAUCAACAGUCACAGCAAGGAAUCCACUGAGACAAAAAGGUGCUAACGGAGGAAGGUUCACGUGCUUUGAGAGGAAUUGGCUAAGAACGGACCUGAAUGUGAUAGGGUUUGGGUUGAUAGGGUGGAUAGCUCCGUCGAGCAUACCAGCCAUCAACGGUAAGAGCUUGACAGAGCUAUUCUUUGAGAGUAUUGGUGCUGACCUUGCUCACUUCCCCACCCCUCCUCCUCUCACUUCUCAAUUUUGGCUGUGGUUGAUCACAUGGCACUUGGGGCUAUUCCUGUGUCUGACUUUUGGCCUAAUUGGGUUCAAGGGAAGGACUGAGGACUACUUCUAAAUUAUGUUAAUUAGUCUGUUUUUGUUAAUUAUUAAUCUAAUUGUUUAAAUUUAAAACAACAACUCUCUUUCUUUCCACGUAUGCAUGUCACCUUUUUUA